AGAUGUAUUACCAAAGUAUAUUAGAAAGAUCUGGAAGGGGAAAGUAACAAUAUAUAAACUCUGGUGAAAGAGAGACUAUUAUCUCAUUCGAAAAAGAACAGUCCACCAAUCAACAUGUACAAGGCAGCGUUAGUUCUGUGCCUGGUAGGAGCAGCCUUCGCCCAGUACGGUCACCAUGAGCACCACGACCAUCACGAAAAGAAGCACGAAGAGCACAUCGUAGACUAUUAUGCCCACCCAAAAUACAAAUUCGACUACGGAGUACACGACUCCCACACCCACGACGUGAAGAAGCAGGAAGAGACCAGGGAAGGAGACGUGGUCAAGGGCUACUACUCCCUCUACGAACCCGAUGGUACCGAGAGGAUCGUCCACUACACCGCAGACAAGAAGAACGGUUUCAACGCCGUCGUAGAGAGGAAAGGACACGCUGUCCACCCUCAUGUAAAAGGAUCGACUGAGACAUUCUUCAAGCAUCACCACGAGCACCACGAUCAUCACUACUAAUUUUAGACACGUCAUAUUUAAUAUGUAAAUAAUUAUUUUAUAAAUUUAGUUAUCAUUAUUUUUUUUUUAUAAAAAUA